AAAUGAAGCAAGUUUUCUUCUGAAUCGCCAAAAUGGCUGACGCGUCGCAGAGUUUACGUGUUGCUAAAAAAAUACCAGAUAAUUUGUACGAAUUGUGUUUGACGAAUUUAGUGAACUAUUUGCAGAAAUCCAAGUGUCACCGAGAUGAUUUGCACUCGCUACCGGACACCAUCCUCAUGGAUGUCUACUACAAGAUGCUGCAGGAGAAGCGGCUGUGCAUCCUGGGCUCGGAGCUGGCGGCGCUGGACACGUUCGAGCGCCUCGUGCGCUGCUCGGGCGCGCAGCUGCGCCUGCUGCAGUGCUUCCAGGCGGUGAUCGAGCACGGCUCCAAACUGCCGUCGGAGCUGGCGUGUGUGUACCUGGCCCGCUGCGACGCGCCGCGCCACCGCCGCGCCUACCUCAUACAGCUCGGGCUCAGGCUAGGCGGGUUCCUGAACGAGGCCGGGUGGUACGCGGACGCGGAGCGCGUGCUGAUGCGCUGCAUCCAGCUGUGCCAGGCGCAGCCGCAGACUACCUACUGUCGCCGGCUGACGUUGGAGUGUGCGCACAGACUCCUAAACACCCAAUCAGCGUACUGCAGCUUCCCCGGCGCGGCGGAGACGUACGCCCUGUCGCUGCAGAUCCUCGGGCUGCCGGCGGACACGCAGGACGCGCCGCCGGAGCCCCCCGCGGGGGGGGUGCGGGCAGGGGGGAGGGACGUGGCCACGCAGACUGAUGCCGUGGAGGACAGACUGCAAGAGCCAGCCAGUCCCUCCGGCUCGGUGACCUCGUCCCCAGUAGAAGGGCUGCGGCACCUCCUCCCUAGAGUCUACAAGGAGUUCAGCGCGCUGUUCUUCGUGCGCUGCGACUACAACGCGGCCUACACGUGGGGCAUGCACGCUUUACGCCUGCUCCACAACGACACGCCAGCCAAAAUCACAGUAGAAGUCCUCCGAGCCUGUGCCAAGGCGUGCGUGGUCAAGCGCCGCUUCGUACGCGCUGGUUCACUCAUAAGAGCCGCCGUGGCGCUGGCAAGAAGGACCUUCGGACCUCAACAUCCGAGACUAGCACAUGCGUUACUGGACUACGGGUUUUAUUUGCUGAAUGUGGACUCGAUUAAUCACAGUGUGGCUGUUUAUGAGGAAGCGCUAUCCUGCCUGCGGCGCGUGUUCGGGCGCUCCUCGCUGCACGUGGCGACGGCGCAGGAGGACCUCGCGUACGCGCUGUACGUGCUCGAAUACUCGUCGGGGCGCUUCUACAAGGCGCGAGACCAUGCGGAGAGAGCCAUCCGGAUCAUUGAGAACCUAGUCCCCCCCGAGCACCUCCUGCUAGCGUCUGCGAAGCGCGUGAAGGCGCUCAUACUGGAAGAGAUAGCUCUGGACACGCCGGCCGGGCAGGACUUGAGUGAAGCGCGCCUCCUCGAGGAGUCCGAAGCCCUGCACCGCGCCGCGCUCACGCUGUCCACUCGCGCCUUCGGGGAGAACAACGUGCAGACCGCCAAGCAUUAUGGCAACCUGGGGAGACUGUACCAGAGUAUGCAGAAGUUUCAGGACGCAGAAACGAUGCACCUGAAGGCCAUAGCGAUCAAGGAGGCUCUCCUAGGCUCCGAGGACUACGAGGUGGGGCUCAGCAUCGGCCACCUCGCGUCGCUGUACAACUACCACAUGAACAUGCACGCCGCCGCCGAGACGCUCUACUUCAGAUCUAUAUCCAUCAGUUUGAAGUUAUUCGGCGAGCGCUACUCGGGGCUCGAGUACGACUACCGCGGGCUCGUGCACGUGUUCACCUCGCUCAAGCGCCACGACCGCGCCGAGUUCUACAACCGUCUGUUGCACCACUGGCACGAGCUCCGCGAGCAGUCCAAGGCGGAGCAGCAGCCGUCGAUCGGCGACGAGCAAGUCCCGCCGCUGGACGAGCUGAAGGCGCAGUUCUUCAGCCCCACGGCCGACUGAGCGCCUCGCAGCCGACACAACAACAACUAUUGUGGGGACAGUGACCGAGUGACACGUACCGCCAACACGUUAACAACUAGUAUUUGAAAAGAUCGUGAGGAAUCGUUCGGAAAUUUAAAUUUGUUGGUUUCAGUUUCGGAAUUGUGUUGUGACGGUGGAGUGACUACAGUGUGUUAGUACUAAUACGAGUAAGUAUGAUGUUAUAAAGUAUUCGCUUUAGCGCCGUUUCUGAAUUUACUAGCAGUUGGGCCGAUUCUAAAGCAGGAAAGCUCAAUUAGGGGAUGUUAAAAGCAGUUGACACCUUAAACUCCUUAACAUGUCUUUUCGCAUAAGAUCUUCGAUAACUUGUUGAUCAUGAUUUGCCUUAGAAUCGGCCCGAUAUAACAAUAUUAUAAAGUUAUAUGUCCUUAAUAUAAUAACAGAUUGCAGAACCUGUGCCUCAAUAAAUUAAAUGCACAAUUUUUGUCGUAUCUACAUAUUAAUGUAUUAGUAAGUUAUUAGUCAAUACAAUCAUAGACUCACUAUAAAUAAUAAAGUGCGAAAAACAUCUAUUAAUGCCGUUUUUGUCUUCAUUUUAUUUUUGUUUAUAUAUUGUUUGCGCACAAUUUUUUUUUGACGAAAUAUUGUAAAACGUAUAUCAAGUAAUGACUUUACAUGGUAAAAACAAAAUGUUAGGCUUGACUUGUGAAAUUGUAUUUAAUGUAGUCGCCAUAUUUAGACGUCGUUUUUAAAUUAAUCGAAUAGAGCUUAUUAUUUGUUCCUUUGUGUUAGUAAAAUUAUUGUCUAUUUAAAUUGUUCUUAUUAUAUUAGGUAGCUGUGUUUCAGUUGCUGCUUAGUGUAGUGUAGGCUGUCUGAACCGUUUGUGCAAUGUGUUUGACUGUUCAAAUAAUGUUUUUGUUUAGGUAAAAUGUAACUUUAUGUGUAUGUCGCCAAUGUUGCCAGCUGAGACGGCUUGUGUUGAAUAUAUUAUUGAGAGAAAUUAAUUAAUAAUUAUAGCAUAUAUCUUUAUUCUUAUAAAACGCAAGAUUUUAUGUGCGUGUAUUCAAAAUAUCUUCUAUAUAUUAUGUAUUCACAUAAAUAAGGCUGUCUUAUGAUAAAUGCAGAAGAACAUAGUUACAUAUCUCUUCAAACAAUACGCUCCGAUGAAAUGAGUUUUAAUCGUUUACAAACCGUAGUAAGUAUGUACUUAUAAAACGAUUAUGUUAGCAAUAACGCCAAUAACCUUGUAGUAUUUUAUAGAAGUUAUUUUCAUACAUCGCAGCUUGAGAUACAUAGUAUUUUUACGAUUGCAUAUAUGUAAUAGAGUAUGAAUAUAGAGUAAAGAGGUUUGUGUCGAUCUGAGUGGCUGUUGUCAGAGAAUGAGGCAUGCAGUAAAUAUCUUUUACAGAUGUGACGAUCUUUUAUUUUGAUAUAUCCUUUUCAUUAAUUAAUUAAGCACAUAGGUAUUUAACUUUGUCUGUAAGAUAUCUCAGGAUCAUAUUUCUUAAGCCGAGUUAUAUGCGAUACAUCGCUUACUUGUAUGUUAUAAGCUUAACCUUAUGUAAAAUAAUGAAAUCCAAAAUGUAAUCACAUAAAGUUGCUUUAUUCAUAAAUUUAAAUAAAGAUUACAAAAGGGUAAAAUUAAAGCUUAAAUUAUACUCGUUUUUCAGCUGUAAUGCACUCUAUAAUUUGAACAUCUAUUAAAUAAUUGAACAAUAAUAAAUAUAUAAUAUCUCUUCAUGUACACUUCGUAUACACUUCUAAAAGGCAAUAUUUAAGACACUAUUUUUUUCACAUAAUAAGUAUGUGCUAAAACACCAUUGCUUCAUUGACACAUUUAAGCUUUACUUUGCAAUAUUUGUAAACCUAAAGUCUCGAAGUUACAU